CUCUAACCUCUUCUCUACUUGAAAUUGAAUGAACCACAAGUGCAAAGUCAUACUACACUGUUUAGUGUAUGCGAGAGAAGGAAACACUGUAACGUUACCCGAGGGCAUUUUGUGGUUAAUAGUUUCAUACAGCCAACACUUUUUUCCAGUCACCGAUUUUCACGGAGUAAUGGAGUCUCAUGUAAACGCGAAACGGCUUUUUAAUCACGCAACAACCCUGAAGCUUCACACGGGAAAUUUAGUUAACCGCAGUCGACUUAAGAAGAAAUGUCCGUCUUCGCCUAGUGAGGAGCUUCAAGACUGCAUCCAAGGCACACUAAGCGAGUGGUUUGCCGCAAUGCCGUCAUCACUUGACUCGGAGCUUCCCAUUGUUCUGGACUGCACCAUUCCAGAAAACACCGAGGCCAUCACCCCAGAGGAGAGAGAGGAGCUGAAGGUGUCUGUCAAGCUUUUUCUCACUGAGUCGCACUGCUCAUCAAUUAGAAGUGCAGUAGACAUGGCUUGUCAUUCGUUAGGCGUAAUUCAGCUGGACUCUGUGAUCAUUGCUCCACCUCCUCUCCCUGAGGGUGAGGCACAGACACUGACCCACCUUCAGCCGCUGUGGGAAGAGCUGGAGAGUCUUGUGCAAAGCCAGAAAAUUGCUGCCAUCGGCACGUCGGACUUGGACAAAACCCUCCUGGAGCAGCUCUAUAACUGGGCUCAGAUAAAGCCGAGCAGUAAUCAGGUGAAUCUGGCCUCGUGCUGUGUGAUGCCUCCAGACCUCACUGCAUUUGCUAAAGAGUUCGACAUUCAGUUGCUAACGCACAAUGACCCCAAAGAGCUAAUCAGUGCUGCAGGCUUCCAGGAAGCAGUCCAAGGGAGCAGUAAGGACCUAAAGGUGGCCGACUGGAGGCUGGAGUGGGUCUUACGGUACUCCAUCAUCGUCAAGAGCAGAGGCAUCAUAAAAGCAAAGGGCUACAUCGUUCAUGCUAAAAAGAGCAGCGACCAUUAACAUGUCCUGUUUGAACAGGUUUUUGGGGUUUCCUGAAAUGUAUUCCACUUAAUUUAGGGAGCUACUAAAUCACUUGAUGCAUAUUUUACAAGGGGGUUUCUCAACACUAAAGUGAAUUAGAAUUUUC